AUGGCCACGACAAUGGGCUCUGCGACUGCUGAAUGCUCUGUUGUGACAAAAAGAAAUAUGGACGUGGAAUUUUUGAAAUAUAAGUUCCAAGACAGUUGCGAUGGAGUUAUUACGAAAACAAAGUUCAAAAUCGGAGUUCGGCACGUGCAAGUGUUUUACAUGUUCCUAUGCUCUGUGGUGAUGGGGACAAUGCGAGGUGGCAUUGGGAUUGAGAUCUUGGCAAUAGUAGAUCCCGCACGUCGGAAAGAUUCCUAUAUUCAAAUACACGACUGGGACAGAAAAGUUCAAGGCACAAUUUUGUCGUCAUUUCUAUUUGGAUACGCGCUGAUGAUAGUACCAGCAGAGUUGCAUUUAAGGAGGCUCGGCGAUAAAUUCGUCAUAACUUCGGUUUUAUUGAUAAACGGAGGAUUGAGUGCUGCAAUGCCCACGAUCGUUAAUAAGGGCGGUUGGGCCGCGAUGUGCAACGCUCACUUCCUAAUGGGCAUGACGCAGGCGUGUCUAUCGCCCGUCAACCAGGAAUUGUUAUCGAAGUGGCUCCCACCAAUUGAGAGACGCACUUUCGGACGCUUCAUAGAUUCAGGUAUAUACCUUGGUAUGGUAGUAGCUCUUCCCAUCGCUGGCCUGUUGAGUGAGUCGCGUUUGGGCUGGGAGCUGCUGUUCUACUCUCAGGCCAUGAUGACGCUGUCGAUGGCCGCAAUAUGGGGCCUCCUCACCGCUACCUCACCGGAUGAACACCAGGCCGUCGGUGACUUUGAGAAAGAGUUUAUCAAAGAGGCAUUAGCCUGUUAUCGCAAGAAACCAUUGCGGAAGCCGUGGCGAAGUAUCCUCCGGUCGAAACAGGUCUGGGCCAUUGCGUGCGCUCACUCAGCGUCCUGUUCCCUGUUCGUCUUCUAUUUAGUGGACAUUCCACUGUAUUUGAAGUCAAUGGGAUUAUCUCUUAAGGAGAGCGCGCAACAGUCGACGUUGCCUUUUAUCGCUUUAUGCACAAUUUACUUGACCACAGCACCAAGCGUGAAUUGGUUAUUAAAGUCUGGAUUUUUGGCUUACGUGUUCAACGUAACUUAUUUGAGAAAACUGAUAAAUGCAUUAGGUGCUUUCUCGAUAGUAAUCGGUCUAAAUGUUGUAUCUAAUUUAACUGUUGAGUGGGCUCAUUUAAAAUGUUCAGUAUUAAUUGGUAUAUUGGGAUUACUGGGGUUCCAAUAUUCCGGAUUCCUGGAGAAUAUUCGAAAUUCAAGCCAAAACUACUCAGGUACUUUGAUCGUCCUGACCAGUGCAUCCGCCAGUGUCAUCGGAGCGGCAGUACCUCUUUUUACAGGACUUAUCAUUGGAAACGAAUUGGAUAAUGUACGGAGUUGGAAAAUCGUGUUUGCCACGCUGGGAAGUUUCUAUGCAGUCUGCAAUAUCAUCUAUACUCUAUUUUCUGGCAGCCGAAGGCCAGAAUGGGACGACAUUGACAGGAAUAAGUUCGGCUACCACAACACCAUCAUCGGCCAUGAGGAUACAAUUCAGCUAGAGCUGUGUGAAAUGAGCGAUAAAAAG